GUUAAGCUCAGUGCAGGACGCAAGAAGAGCAUAGGUCUCACGCACACUGAAGAAUGGAAACUGAUUGUUACAGCUCUUGACUUUUUUUUAAAUGUUGUUUUAUUGCGUUUCUUCUAGUAUAUAAAAAUGAGAGUGCCUGUCAUUCAGGAUUUCAGGGUGGGUGAGAGUGAGGAGGAGGAAGAUGAGGAAGAAGAAAAGGUAUUCUGUAAGCCUGUUAUUGAGGACAGAAACAUGGAAUUGGCUAAAAGAUGCACUGAACUGAUAAGUGAUAUACGCUAUAAAGAAGAGUAUGAAAAAUCUAAAGGGAAGUGCAUAUUUGUUCCUGACACUCCUCAGCUAAAUCACGCGAAAAAUAUCAGUGCUUUUAUUUCUGAGGCAAAGUACAAAGGAUCUGCUAAGAAAGACCUCUCUGACUCUAUCUACAAGCAAAUGCCAGCCACAAUUGAUAGUGUUUUUGCAAAAGAAGUUACACAGCUUCAGAGCAAGGUACUCUACAGACAGAAGCAUGAUGCUGAAAAAGGGACAUCCAGUUAUGCUCACAUGAAGGAGCCUCCAGAUGUUAUGCAUGCCAUGGAAGUCAAUAAACAUCAGAGUAAUGUGUCGUAUAAAAAAGAUGUGGAAGAUAUGCAUAGAUACACUGAGGUGCUGAACAGGCCAGACAUAAAGAUGGCAACAGAGAUAACAAAGAUAAUAAGCAAUACUAUGUAUAAGAAAGGAAGAGGAGAAAUGAAUAAGGAGUCUGCUGUACUUGGAAGACCAGAUUUCGAGCAUGCUAAAGAAGUUUCUAAACUUUUAAGCCAAGUUAAAUACAAAGAGCAGUUCAAUAAAGAAAUGAAGAGUCACCAGUAUAAUCCUCUUGACAGUGCUGCUUUCAAACAAGCACAGAUUGCAGCUACUUUGGCAAGUGAUGUGAAAUACAAAAAAGAUAUGAAAAGUUUGCGUGAUCCAGUUUCAGACUUACCAAACUUGCUGUAUUUAGAGCAUGCUUUAAAUAUCAGCAAAACGCAUAGUAAUUAUGAAUACAAGAAACUGUUUGAGAGAAGCAAGGGACUUUAUCAUUUUGCCUUGGACACAGCUGAACAGAUGCACCACAAAGAAAAUGCUGUGCUCCAAAGUCAGGUGAAAUACAAAGAGGAUUAUGAAAAAUCGAAAGGCAAAUCAAUGCUGGAGUUUGUGGAUACACCAAUUUAUCAGGUUUCAAAGGAGGUUCAAAAGAUUCAAAGUGAGAAAGCUUAUCGCAAAGAUUUUGAAGAAAUGCUCAAGGGAAAAGCAACAUUGGAUUUAGACAAGACUCCCGAAUUUUUGCACAUAAAACAUGUCACCAAUCUUCUCAAAGAGAAAGAGUAUAGAAAAGAUUUUGAAGAAGGGAUUAAAGGAAAAGGACUGACUGUGUUUGAAGAUACGCCAGAUUUGAUUAGAGUGAAAAAUGCAGCCCAGAUCCUAAAUGAGAAAGAAUACAAAAAAGAUCUAGAGACUGAAAUUAAAGGCAAGGGCAUGCAAGUGGGCACAGAUACUCCUGAAAUACAACGUGUCAAGAAAGCUUCUGAAAUUGCAAGCCAGAAGGAAUACAAGAAAGAUCUAGAGACUGAAAUUAAAGGAAAGGGAAUGCAAGUGGGCAUGGAUACCCCUGAAAUACAACGAGCUAAAAACGCUUCUGAAAUUGCAAGCCAGAAAGUAUACAAGAAAGACUUGGAGACUGAAAUUAAAGGGAAGGGGAUGCAAGUUGACACAGAUACCCCUGAGAUACAGCGGGUCAAAAGAGCUUCUGAAAUAAUAAGCCAGAAAAUGUACAAAGAUGAAGCAGGGAAGAUGCUCUGUAAUUACUCUGCUGUACCAGAUACUCCAGAAAUUGAAAGGAUUAAGAAUACUCAGAGAAACAUUAGUUCGCUGUUUUAUAAGGAGGAAGUAGGUGCUGGAACUGCAGUAAAAGAGACUCCCGAGAUUGAACGAGUAAAGAAAAAUCAGCAGAAUAUUAGUUCAGUAAAGUACAGAGAAGAACUUAAACAAGCCACAGCUAUUUCUGAUCCCCCAGAAUUAAAGAGAGUCAAGGAAAACCAGAAGAAUAUUAGCAAUGUCCAGUACAAAGAGCAGCACUGUAAAGCUACAUCUGUGAUUGUCACCCCUGAGAUCGAGAGAGUCAAGAAGAAUCAAGAAAAUGUCAGCAUGGUAAAGUAUAAAGAAGAGAUUAAACAAGCCACAACUAUUUCUGACCCCCUGGAAUUAAAAAGAGUUAAGGAAAACCAGAAGAAUAUUAGUGAUGUCCAGUACAAAGACCAGCUCUGCAAAGCUACACCUGUGAGUGUCACUCCUGAGAUUGAGAGAGUGAAGAAGAAUCAAGAAAAUGUUAGCAUGGGAAGUUGCUUUAUUUUUUCUUAUUGUAUCUCAAGCAUUAGCAGUUUCUUACAAAUUCACUAUAGAAAGCAGCCUGGCAAAGCUACUGCUGUGAGUGUCACUCCUGAGAUAGAAAGAGUCAAGAAGAAUCAAGACAAUAUCAGCUUGGUUAAGUACAGCAGUGAUCAGAGGCAGAUGAAAGGUAGACCUAGUGUGAUUCUAGACACACCUGAGCUAAGGCAUGUCAGAGAAACACAGAACAACAUCUCAAUGGUGAAAUAUCAUGAAGAUUUUGAGAAGACAAAGGGCAGAGGUUUCACUCCAGUGGUGGAUGAUCCUGUGACGGAGAGGGUGAGGAAAAACACUCAGGUUAUGAGUGAUGCUGCAUACAAAGGAGUCCAUCCACAUAUAGUCGAAAUGGAUAGGAGACCUGGAAUAAUUGUUGAAGACCUCAAAGUUUGGCGCACAGAUCCUGGGUCCAUCUUCGACAUUGAUCCUCUGGAAGACAAUAUUCAGUCUAGGAGUCUGCGUAUGCUUUCUGAAAAAGCAAGCCAUUACAAUAAACAGCAUUUCCAUUCUACCAGUGCUAUUGGCAUGAAUCUGGGGGAUGACAAAUUAGAUGGUUCUGAGAUGAACUCUAGCUUUUCUUACAGCAGUGAGGUAACAAGGCCAUCUGAUGAAGGAGCCCCUGUGCUUCCUGGGGCAUAUCAGCAAAGUCAGUCACAAGGGUAUGGAUACAUGCACCAGACCAGUAUGUCAUCGAUGAGGUCAUUGCAUUCCCAGCCACAUUCAGCAGGCCUGAGAACAUACAGAGCUAUGUAUGACUACAGUGCUCAAGAUGAAGAUGAAGUUUCCUUCAGGGAUGGUGACUAUAUCGUCAAUGUGCAACCAAUUGAUGAUGGCUGGAUGUAUGGUACUGUUCAGAGAACUGGGAAAACAGGAAUGCUUCCAGCAAAUUAUAUUGAGUUUGUUAACUAGUUUUUGUCUCUAGUCCUUUAAGCUUUACUCAAAACUUAACCUUUUAAAAAAAUCAGAGAAAACUUUUAUGACCACACACUCCUUACUUUGUCACUGUUAUAACAGUCCAUAUUCACAAGCAUAAGCCAACAUACUGGUCCUUUACUGAAAAAAAAAUCAAUAAGAAGCUUUGAGCUUGAAAACAGCAUUGCUUAAUAAUAAUGCUCUCUAAAACCAUCAUGUGGAAGACUGGUGUUGCUAAUCAUGUAAAGGUUUCUGUCAAUUAAUUGUAAAGGAGAAAUGCCUUUCCCAUAGAUAUAAAGAGGUUCUUUCUCUUUUAAACAUAACCAUAAAAUGGAUUCUUUUCUUAUAUCACUUUGCAGUCACAAGAAACUUAAUACUCUUAGUUUAAUAACACUCUCUAAUAAUGUGAAAGCUCUUUAACAUUUGAGCAGUUAAUAUGCGAAUUAAAAUGACAAGUCAACAAUUUUAAAUAAUGGCGGGUAACAUACUGGUAGAAACCCUACUGCCCAGCAGCCUUAUACGUAACUUGAAAGUCUGCUUUGACAGUGAAAAAUUCUCAACUCCCACUUGCCCACACAAUUUCAUUCAUUGCUGGAUCUUCCAUUUGCUCUCAUUCAUGACUGUGACCUUCCCUUCUGUCAGUUUGGCCUGCUACCUAAUUCAUCAGUUGUAACCAUUCCUUGAUUCAUGGCAUAUUGGUAUCUUUUACACAGAACAUUUCCCAUAGGCACUAUCCAGAGUGCAAAACCUAAUUGCCACCUCUUCUAUUUCCCUUUAAUAAUACUUAGCAUUUAGAUAGCAGCUUCCAUUAAAGCACUGUACAUGCAAUAAUUCACUUCACUUCCUUUAUCCUCCUCUGUAUUACUGCUGUAAAUAGCCAGUCUGGGGCCCACAUGACAUGUGGCAACAUGAAACACAUAGCUACAUUCCUUGUUCUAACAUGCGACUAACUUAAUGGUAACUUUGCUGACAAGCUGAUAUUCCCACCUCUGCUGCAUCUCCAUAAACAAGUUGAGAGAAGCUCUUAUUUUGUACUGAAUUUGAGUCCAGUGGCAUACACCUUCAGUUUCUUCCAAAACUUUCCCAUUGUAUAUGUGAAGCCAUUUGGUUAUCCCAAAAUGGGCUAUACCCAUACAAAAUGAUUAAUGAAAGACAAAUGUCAUUGACCUCUGCUGAUGCUCAUGGUAGCACCACAGGAAUGCUAAGCAUACAACUGUUCUACCAGUUCUGUUCCACCUUCCUUCUUUACCUAAGGAUAAAAAAGGAAAGCUAUCAGCUCUUUUUUUUCAGGUAUUUUUUAUCCUUAGAUCUAACAGAACCCUUCAUUCCUGCAUAAAAAGUCUUCAGAUUUUGGUUUCAGUACUAAAAUGUAAAUAUUAUUGUCCCAACUUUUAUGCAACUUCAUUACUUCUCUUCUACUUUAAGCCACAUUCAGACCAAGCUAAAGGAGAAAAAUAGUACCAGCUGCAAUCUUUCUGGCUUCAAUUUUCUGAGACAUUAUCAGGACACUAUCUAGAAUGCAGCCAUAUUGCAGCCAUGACGAUUUUGUUCCUGAUAAACUGUCGGCUAUUUUUUCCAGUGCUCCUUCAGCUUGGGGUCAGGAUUGAAGGAUUCAUUGGUAUCUCAGUAGUGAGAUGUAACAGGUGAGAUGCUUUAUCACUGAAGUUCCAGUCCUGAAAUAGAAACCUAGUGUCAGAUACUCCAUCACAAAGCUCCAUUGACUUUAACUGGACUCCUCUUGGAUGCUUUGUUCCUGCCAUGUUGUUCUCCUUACAGGAUUCUCACCUAAGUCAGAGGGAGCACAAAAUCCUGUAAACCUUCAUGGGGAAUGUGUAUGUGUUUAAGGAACACAUAUGGUUGUUUUUUAUUCUGAUGGUUCAUAAAUACUCAUGUAUUCAGACAUGAGUUAAAAAUACUAGCCAGAGAGCUGCCAUUUGAAAUUUGGCAAGUGUGCCAGUGAUCUUGUAUGUAUUAGAUUUACAAAAUAGAGACUAAGUUAUACUAUGUUUUUAGAGAAUUUUAUAUUUCUGGUUUCACAAAGUCACCAAGCUGGCACUAUUUCAUUUAACAGAAAUGAAGGAAAGCAAUAAGUAUUCAUGAUGGGAGAAAAAAACCCCAAAACAAACAACAGCCACCCCCAGCCCCUGAAACCCUGUUAGUGCUAGAUAGCUGCCAGCUCUGCUUUGCAUAAUAUUUAAAAACAACGAGUUCAUGCAAUUCCACUGGAUAGUUAACUAGGUGGCCUAUCCAAAGCUGGCAGACAGAGAACAAUAACUUUCAAUGAUUAUGUUUAAAAAAUAUAGUAGUGAGUCCAUAAAUAUUGAAAAGUAAGUGGGGUACCUAUAUUUUCUUGUCAGAUAACUCAUUUUAAGGAUGAUACUUUUGGGGUUCAGGAGCAUGUCCUGAGGUGGUUAAAACCAGGAAAAAUAACUCAGUAAGGAUGGAACUUUUUUGUUCCAUAGAUAGGCCUGAGUCUGCAACUACUGUGCUUUUAAUAUUCUGUGGAAGACAGCAUGAGUUUUGCUUAGGGAGCAGCUGCAGCCACAGGCCCUUAUCCUUUAUUGUAGACUUCCAUAACAAAUUUGCUAGUUUUGCAAGUCAAGCAACUUCUUUCAAACUGCUGAUACUUUAAGCCAAGUCUAAAAGCUCUCUGAAAAGCAGUCUGGUUUUGCAUUAGCUAUAAUCACCAGUCUUCAACAACAGAUAAGAAAAUCACACUUUAUGAUGGUUGGCAAAUUUUUCUGAUGAGUCUGAGGUAGAACUGGAUAUCACUUGCUGUUGUGCUGCUAUUUUAGCUUUGUAGUGCUGACAACAGUAAAAAUAAGUUGUCAGUGUGCUAAGCAGAUAUAAAUAAAAGGAUGCAUAAGGAACAGAUAUAUAUAGUAUCAAGUUGCUGUUUUUAGUGUCUUAAAAAGAAGCCCAUAAUCACACUAGCAUUCUUCACGUUAGCUUGGAAGAUAAAUAUUUAGUAUUGAACUCUGUAUGUAUGUUAAAAAGGAAAUUCAGAAAUAAGUAUUUUAUGAAAUUAGAAGACUAUGUUAUGCUAAGCAGUGGAAAUAAAAUUAUCUUUUUGAAUUUUGAAUAUUCUAUAGCCUGGCAAAGUAUUUAAAGCAAUUUCCAAAAUAAAAAAGGUCAAGAAAACAAAACAGUAUGUGAAUCAUAUUUCUCUUGAGAAUGGUAUAUCAUCAUAAUUACUGAUCUCUGUUUAAAAUAAUGAAUGUUUAGCAUUUCUUGUAGUGAAAUCUUUUACUAAUUCAUGCUCAUUUAGCUUUUAUUUUAAUAUACAACAAACUAAAUUCUCAUUACAGAGCACUGUUAUUAGCAGAGUUUCUCAUUUCUCAGAAUGUGUGCGCCCAGUUAGCAAAAUCUUUUGAGAUCCAAAAUAUUUUCUGUACAAAAUCUCACGUGAACACUCAAAAUUUGCAAGCUCAGUUUCUUACAAGGAGUUUCUUAGGCCGUGCUAGUAUGCAGUGGAAUGUCAGGGUAAUUCAGUGCAAAAUACUGCUUUUUCAUCCUUAAAAUAGCCAAUAAGCAGGGAUAGUGCAAAUCUAGUUCUUCUAGUUUAACGCAGUGUUUCAACAUUACUCUUUAUCUGUUGCUUACAUGGACACAUCUCACUGGAGAAGGAAAGGACCUGUCUAAAGAGGCAGUAUUCUGAGACAUUCUAUACUUGGGAGUUCAUUCAUCUCUAAGGACAUGUCUACAUGUUGCCUUUUGGAAGUACUAAUGCACGGCGCAGUACGGGCGGUUACUGUACCAUGCAUGUGGCAUACAGGUAAAUUUUGCCACUCUGUCACUGUAAUGGCACGCUAUACCUGGUGCUACACACAUAAUCACUACAUCGCCAUAGCAUGCUGUACAGCAACAUAACACAUCACAUAUGUAGACAUGCCCUAAGUGCUGCAAAAAGAAGGGCACUAUAAUCUGCUAUUUUCCUUUAUGGACACAUAUAAAGGUAACAUAGUAAAUAAGAUAAAAAUACACAUAAAAGUACAAAAAACAAAUGGGCACCUUGAGGCUCAUUAUCUUACUUGCCCAUUUACUUGCCCACCUUUUUUUUUCCUAAAGAAAGCUACAGAUACUUCAGCUGUAAUAAUCCAGUACAGAAGAUUAGUAUUUAAUAUUGAUGAAAUGGGAUUCUCAUGAUUACAUUUGACAUAUUACACACCAUUUAAACUGAUCAGGUUUUGACAGGGAAUCAUCAAUGCAUUAUAUCCUUGAUAAAUACAUCUCUCCUAAGAUAUUCUUCGGGAUAAAGAAGGCCUUAAGCAAUGAGGAUGACAUUAAUUUUAGUUUUUAUUGUACAAUGGCUACAUGUCACCUUAUGUUAUAAAAUAGUCAAAUACACAAAGUGGCAGAAUGUGGAAUGAGAAAUAAAAUCUGUUAGACCUUAAGUGUUUUGAAUAGCAUUCUACAUUAAAUAUGGAGCAAGCUUUAGUGACUAAAUAUUUAAAUUGUGUCCUAAAAAGGGCAACAGAUGCUAUCUAAUGGUAAAUAUCCAGACUACUGCAUACACCUGAGUGUUUUGUGCUGGCAGAGGCAAAAUUGCUGGUGUGAGCUAAAAGAAUAAAGCAUUCUGCAAUGCUUAUGCUGUAGGAACCCCCAGCUCCAAAUCCUAUCGCCUCUCUGGAAGAAAACUUGUAGCUAUUUUCCUUCCUUACCUUCCUGCACUACAACCGUAUACUGAAAGGAAUUCAUAUGCUUUUUUGCGUCUGAUACAUAGAGUUUGCAUAUUGUACUUAAGUUGUAAUCCGGUUGCUGUUGAAACUUUUUUUUUUAAUUUUAGGGGGAAAAGUACUGUAGCAUUACAAUCAUGUGUACUUAGUAUUACAUAUUACAAGUUGCUAGGCCAACAGAAAGCAGCACUGACUGUAUUAAUAUUGAUUAGCAUGAUGUGGAAUCACACUCAGCUGUUGGUUUUUGCAGUGUGAUAUAAAAAGCAAAAAUGAACCGCUGUGCAGUUUGGCAUAUAUUUGCUUUACAGUGUGUAAAGUUCUAGUUAUUUUGCAAAAAUGUACUUUAUUUGGGAAUAUGCCGUUAUGAAGGAAAUGUUUGGGUUUUUUUCAAAGGAUGGGAAUUAUUACCGGAUUCUUUGAUGUAUUGAUAUAAUUUGGCUUUUGUUAUGCAAAAAGUUAACACCAGCUAUUAAAAUAUAUUUUAGUAGAAAUGCUUUAAUUCCUGUUUUUUUCCCUCUACACUGUGAAUCUUUAAGCCUUGGUGGACUAGAGCAACAUCAUGCUGCCCAAGCUACUAACCUAUGCAAACUAGUUCACAUUUUAGUUGUCACAGUGGAUGUAACAUAAAAAUUUAUUUUGCAUAACAUGAUAUGGCGUUCAAAUAAAAUAGUAAACCCAGCAUUAUGUAUGUAUUAUAUUAAUAAACAACAUGCUUCAAAGCUACCAUACCCAUUAAUAUAGUUUAUAAGAGUUGAUUAUUUUUUUUCUUUAACUAAGGAUGCUUUACAUUUUUCAGACAUAAAUGGAAAAUAUGCCAUAAAUAUGGCUGAAAUCUGGUUACCAGCAGUGUUUUCCUAAAAUAGCAUUUUAUUUCAGAAAUGCGCUUUUUUUAGGAGAUGAAUAUGCUUUCUUCAGACUGUAUUUGUAACCCAUCAAUAGCACAUUCAUUUCACAUUUCAUCUCCCUUGGUUUGCUUAAAUAAAUACAG